GGAAAACAUGCAAGUAUAGAAUAUAUGAAAGAAAAUUUUAAAUUAAUUUAAGACUCCAAAAAAUCGUAUAUUAAUAAAAUGGUUUAAUAGGGAUUGCGCCUUGACGAUUUCUGGCCAACUCUCUCAUCUUGCUAAAUAAGAAAAUAUAGCAAUACAAAUAUCAAUUUAAAACAUAUACCCUUUUUCAAAAUAUAUAGCCUGCUAUAUAAAAAUGUAGUCUAUAGACUCUGUAAAAACGAACACUCGUUCCACACAAAUCAAGUCACAUAUUUGGGUUAACCAGACACCCAAAAAAAAACACAAUCUCCAACAGAAAAAAAACACAAAAAAUAGGAAAUCGUUAAGAAACCACAAAUCAAACUAUAUAUACAAUACACAAAAUACACAAAAAACCACAAAUUAAACUAUAUAUACAAUACACAAAAUGGCAAAACGAAACCGCGAUGCGGAUAAUGUCAAACACAAGAUGGACCUUAGGGUCAGAUUUAAGAAAUUGGUUAGGGCUGUGAUUAUGAACCAGUCGUGGCUAUCCGACGAAGAGGAACAGGGCAUCUCAAUGAAUGUUAAAAAGAAUGUGGCUUUAAUGCGACAAAAACGAAAACCCGGUAUGCUAACCUUAGCGGAUAAGGCACUUUUGCGUUCAAAUCCUGUUUACAGAACAAUUGAGGAACGCAAGAAGGUUUGCAUGCUUAUAGCAGGGCUAAACUGUUUCGCUAGGAUUCCGCCGAAAAUUCGGGCACGCAUGGUGCCAGUUUUAAAGUUUAUGUCCAUCAACGAAUCACGAGUAAUAAUCAAAAACAAUGAUAUGCCUUUUUCCGUCUAUUUUAUACUGAAUGGUGAGGUCGAGAUGAAAAAAACUGUAGUUAAUAAGACCACAAAGCAAGAAGAUUCAGUUUCAGAGGCUAUCUUUGGUCCAGGAGAUUGUUUCGGGGACGUUGAGAUGGUUGAGGAUUGCAAAAGAAUGAAUACUUAUGUAGCCAUGUCUAGCUUAGAGGUCUUGUCAAUAUACGACGUAGACUAUGAACGCAUCUUGAAACCAUUUAUGUUGAAAAUAUGGAAUGAAAAAAAACUUGCACUAAAAGCAUUCGACUAUUUUGAUUUUUUAAGCCCGGAACAGAUAAUUUUGGCUUGUAAAUACUCUUAUUUGGUUCAAUUUGAACCCCUGGAGACCAUUUAUCUGGGGGAUGAAGGCGCUUUAGGUUAUGUGCGAUUUGUUCUUAGCGGAGAAUGUGUAAUUUUACAGUGUUUAAAUAUGAAGGUUACUAACGACGACGGAAAGAUCAACUACGAGCUGACCGAAAUCAACAAGAAGGGACUUGAUAUGUUCCAAACAUGGAAGGAUAUGAGUAGUCAUGGCUCAUUUAUAGACAUACAGGACAUAUUAGCAUCGUCUUCCUCGUCUGAUGAUGCCGACGGUACCACAAAAAAGAAACAAGCGAUGCGCAAAAUGGGUCUUGCUGAGAUUCAAAAGUUUUGUGGCAUUCGCACUUCUGCUACACCAGCUCGAAAAAAACCGAAGUCAAAAAGAAUGACUACGCUGGCACAGGCAAGGAAGACACAGUUGAUACAAUCACUGAGAAGAGGAACUCCAUGGUUGCCAAGUGUAUCAGCUGAUAUCGAUGAUGAUGAUGACGACGAUGGCCACGAAGAUUAUUUGGAUUACGGCGAAGAUGGUAUCUAUGAUGAGUAUGAUUCUGAUGAUAGUUCAUUUGACUCGGAUGAUAUAUCAAUGGAUAGAGCAUUGGUUCAAGUACAGCUAAAACGGCACAGCGAAAUAAGUUCAGAUAAAGAAACUUCAAUAAAAAAAGUAUCUAGUUCAUCAUCAGAAAUAUUCACCGCUAGUUCGGUCAUAAUUGAGAAGAAUGAUAACAAGGACGAGGAUGUGAAAUCAAUUUCUAUCCCUAUUGAGACUCACUUUAUAGACGUAGGCUCACUGACCUACGGUAGUAUCUUUGGUCUCGGCGAAAAGAUGGAGCAUCGUGUUAUCAUGGCCCGUACAGUGGUUCAGUGCUUGCUUCUACCGCGCUUUUGGCUACUCGAAGAGGAACAAAAUCCGGGGAACAUAUGGCACCGUCGUCGAUUUUACUUCGAAUGCAAUGUCCCAUCACGUCAGGACCUAUUUACUAACUUUCUUAAGACUCGGCAAUGGAACAAAUUUCGACAUGACUAUAUUCAAAGUCUACUGAAUCUUGAGGAGAAGGGCAACAUUACCAAGGAGGAGGAUAUACCAAUUAUGUGUCGCAUUGUUGAGACUAGCGAUGAUCAGCAUAGUUAAAAGUUUGCUUCAUGGACUUAUGUUUAAUCUAAAUUCUCUGUUCUCAAAGAAUACAAAAUGGAAAUCUAUUCAUAA